AUGGUUCAUGCCGGUGUCGUCCGUCGUGAGGAUUGUAGUUCGAUGGUUAUUUCAAUCGACGAUAGCAUCAGCUAUGGCGGCAGUGAGCCCAGAAAUGACCCAGAUUCGGCGGCUUUAAAUAUUACCGGGGCGAUGGAGGAGGAAACGGAUGGAGGCAGUGCUAACCAGAAUGCACUAGCAGAUGAGCUGGAAUGCGAAGGCACUGAAGCAGAAUGUGCCGACGAGAAGUACGAUGGCCAGCACAAGUUCACCGGAGACGAUUGGCCAUAUAUCAUAGCCACACCGGAUUGCAAGCCAACAUUUGAUGACACUGUUCCCGAAGACAGCCCACUCCGUGAUGAUGGGUGUGUACAGGUUGACAGCGAUGGUGUGGUAACCAUCGGAGGACUCCCCUUAUACCAAUACCCAGAAGAUGACGCCGACACCUGUCUGUGCAAUUUCGGCCCAUGGGCUAGUGUUGGACCCGAUGGAGCAUCUCCACAAUUAGAUGUCAGCCAGCGCACUUGA